CAGACCCUGUUAAACUGACACUUGUUUGCACCACGGCAGCAAACUUCCCACCUUCUACUACUAAAGGGAGACCAAAGUGAUUUACAUAAUUCUCCUUUAUUCCAUUUUAUCCAACAACCUGCAAGGGUGUCUUUGUGUGGGCCAGCCAUGCUCAAAGCAAACCUCAUGCCUGCUGCAUCUGUGCUUCUCUUCUUCCUCAACAGCGUUUCCCCGAGAUGCCAGGAGGGCCCGGAGGAUGUAUGCCAGAAGCACAGUGGUUUUGUGCCUGGCCACAAUUUGGCUGGCGAAGGCUUUGACAUAACCACGCUGGAGAGGAAAGGGGCCAGUUUGCUGGAUAUGAAUCAAUGGGAAAAUCCAGACGGGACUUGCACCUUGUGCCGGAAUCCAUUGCUGAAAGGGAAGCCACUCCAGAAACUUCCACUGGCUGGGGCUGACUGGGAGGUGGACAUCUCCUGCCACCGCAAGUUGCAUUCCUCUUUGCAAGAGUCAGGCAUCUCGGUGGUUCAGGGAGCAGGAGCUGAUGUGAAGAACGACUGGAGGAUGGGCCUGGAAGUGGAGGUGAAGCCUGAGGCACGUGUCCAAGUGAGCUUGGCAGGAUCCCAUUCCAAGAUGGCCGACUUCAGCAUAGACAAGAGUGGAAAAGACAAAUACAGUUUCGCCACCCAUGAACUCUCCUGCAUUUUCUACAAGUUUCGCAUUGGCCACCAUCAGCCGCUGACCCAGCAUUUCAAACGUGCUCUGAAGGUUCUCCCUCAAAAGUAUCACCGCGCUUCGCAGCUGGAAUACCAUCAGUUUAUAGAAACGUAUGGGACUCACUUUAUAACAAAGCUUCACCUGGGGGGACAUGUGAGGGAUGUGACCGCCAUACGGGAAUGCGAGACGGUGCUGGACGGGCUAAGUGCUGAAGAGGUCAAAGACUGCCUGAGCGUUGAGGCAGCUGCCAGUAUCGGUGCUGGCAAAGUCAAGAUGGAUGCGGCCUACCAGAAGUGUGAAGAGAUGAGAAACAAGCAGAGUUUCAAGGGGAAUUUCCACCAGAGGUAUACAGAACGGCAUACCGAGAUUGUGGGCGGGAACAGUCAUGCAGACCUGCUUUUUUCUGAUGAUCUGACCAAGGAGGCCUUCCAAGAAUGGUUAGAAGGCCUCAAAAAUAUGCCCGGCCUGGUCUCCUACUCCUUGGCACCAAUCCAUACUUUGGUAGCCAAGGAAAACCCCAGGAGAGAGAGCCUAAAGCAGGCAGUGAGUGAAUACGUGCUCAAAAGAGCGCUGUGGAGAAACUGCACCCAGCCUUGCCCACCAGGGACUCAGCGCAGUGCUCAUGACCCCUGUUCCUGUGUGUGUCCCAACCACGGCAACACCAACUCCAUGUGUUGCUCAAAAAAGCGAGGCCUUGCCAAGUUGACAGUGACUAUCAAACGUGCCUACAACCUAUGGGGGGAUUACUCCACUGAUACCGACGCCUAUGUUAAGGUUUUCUUCCAGGGGAAGGAGAGUCGCACCUCAACAGUGUGGAACAACAACAACCCGGUAUGGGGGAUCCACUUCGAUUUGGGGGACAUCCAGUUGCUGGGAGAUACCAGCAAGCUCCGGGUACAAGUCUGGGAUGAGGACAACAGGUAUGACGAUGACUUGUUAGGGACGUGUGAUGACAGCCUGCAGUCUGGGGAACUUCAAGAGAAAGUGUGUUACCUGAAUCAUGGGCGCCUGGAUUUCCAGUACCGCUUGGUUUGUGGUCCUUAUCUGGGUGGCCACCACUGCAUGGAUUAUACCCCUCAGCAGCCAAGACAUGAAGGGGCCUUCUUGCAACGGAUGGGCAAAGGACAGAAAAAACUUCUGCUAGAUGACCCAGCACUGAGAGCCUGAGCUCAGCUGCACAACCUGAUUCCCUACCCACUGACUACCAUUUCACUGGCCAAACCCAUAGCCAGUCACAUAUCUGA